AUGGGGGGAGCAUGGUGGUGGUUUGGGGGCACUCAGUCUCUAAAAGGUUCGCCAUCACUGCCCUAGAUUUUAUUUAUUUUAUUUAUUAAAUGUAUAUGCCAUCCAUCUCACUGCUGGAGCGACUCUGGGUGGCUGAUGCUUUAUUUUGGAAAUGGCCACAGAUCUAUGGCAGUAAUAUUGUGAGUUGGCCAGACUUUCUCCAUGGAUGUCUGAGAAAUAUUUUGCUUAGGACAGGACAUUCCCAAAACUUUCAGCAACCUUCCUGUCCUCUAAAGUUAAGAUUCUCUGACUAUGUACCAAAGUGAUAAAGUACAGAUUUAUGGGGAAGAAAAUAUAGCCUUAGCCUGCUCCAUAUACUUGUAUUCAGCCAGAAAUGCUAAUGAUGUUUUGUAAUACUCUUUAUUACAUCAGUAGCAAAUGUGUGAGAAAGAGACAAAUGGAUAUAUACCUGGGGACAAUCAUUAAGGGGUAAGCAAACAGCAAUUCCCAGUGGGCUCAUAUCCAUUGGAUUUCCUAAAGGGGAAACAAGAAUUACUAAUGUUUUUCUUGGAGAUUUAGGAAGGCAGCAGUCGCAUUAUGAAAAUAUAAGUAACAAUUGUUGUCUGUACCAACUGGCAAGUAAAGACAACAACAGGAUACCCAACUACUUGUGAUUUGUGUGUGCAAAGAACCCAUUUGUCUACAAUGGAAUAUGACUUACACAGGAAGAAGAAAGUAGCAUUUGUUCUGAAAGCCAGCCCUUAUACAGUGCAUGAUCGCGUUGAAUUUGCUGAGCUUACAAAGCGUUUCUCAGAAGCUUUUAAGGAAAAAAUAACCAACCCGCUUCAUUUUGACAUCUGCUGGGGCUCUCCUUUCAAGUUGCGGCAUGUGACAACUAUUUUGAAAGUCCAAGUCCCUUCUGUACAAACAUUAGAGACUGAAAGGAUUUUGGAACACCAGAGACUUGAAAAGGCUGAACUCCAACACAAGUUUGCACGGAAUGGACAGACUGAACUAAAAAGCAAGAUCUUUUUGGAGAGAAGACCACUGCCCCCUUGUGGUUUUCACUAGAACUUGUUUUCCUCUGUAUAUUCCAUUGUGUAUAUUUCUCUGAGCAACUGUGGUCAGCCUCUGAUUGAAUCAACGUAGUAGUGAAUGUAAGCAGGCUAGCAAAAUGAUUUCCUUCAACUGUAAUAUGAUUACAUGUAUCUAUUAACAUCAUGUUAAUUAUUAAAAUUAAUAGGAAGAAAACAGGCCAUUAAUUCCUAUGGGUUCUCUUAUCAAAGGAAGACAUGAGAAGUUGGUUUCUGGUCCUGUUCAUCCUUAAUUCUUGAGUUCCCAUGCUUCUUCUGCCACAUCCAAGAAGGAGAGGAAAAGCUUUAAUUGGAUUUCAAUUAAACUUUGUUUAGCAAUAUUCCCUGAAUUCUAAAAAUGUAGUUUAACUAUGAUUUGUGAAAACAAACUGAGAGCAUAGACCGUGACUUGAAAUUGGCUCAUUUCGUCAAACCAGGAUGAAUAGCAAUCUUUUAUCCAGAAUCAGGCAACAAGUGAAUGUAAUCAGGAUAUUUAAUUAUGUUUGUUGAAUAAAUUAUGGCAGCCUCAUUCCAAAUGUUAAGCCAUGAUGGGUAAGCCCACACAUUUAUUUAUUGUGAUGUUUCUCAAUCUUGGCCACUUGAAAGUGGGUGGACUUCAACUCCCAGAAUUCCUCAGCCAGCAUGGCUGGCUGGAGAAGUCUGGGAAUUGAGGUCCGUACAUCUGCAAAUAGCCAAGAAUGAAAAACAUUGAUUUAUUGUAUUGAUUGUCCAUACAACACAAUGUUGUUGUGUUUACAGUACGACAAAUAUUUUAAAUAAAACAUCCAUCAUAGGAACAAACUAAAAAAUUCUAAAACUAUGAAAGUUAUAAAAUCACUCCUACUGGAUGUCCUAUCAUUCACCACAGAUCUCUUGGAAUAACUCGAUUUUUAAGUAUUUUACAACACGAGAACAUAUUCUGCUUCUACAAAAUCAGAUGAUUUGCAUUAUGGCUCAGUAUCCUAUAAGAACAAAAAAAAAAGUUCUAAUUUAAAUUGAUUAAAGCAGAAGCAAAAAGCUUUGGGAUUCUGCUUCUGGCCAAAAUGAAACAAAUGAGAUUGGGGAAUGUAAAAAUGCAAAGCUCUCCUAAUUGAAUAUAUGUACUGAAUAUAUUUUAAAACAAUACUAUAUUCUCUUGUUAAUUAAAGAGCAUUUGUUUUUGAAACAAGUAUGUUCUUCUCUCUUAUUGCUAGAAACACACACACACACACACAAACAUAUACACAUACACAAAUCUAUAAGAAUAAACUAUAUAAAUCCAAUUUGACUGUUUGCUUGGUUGAUAAGGUAUUCCUCAGCUGUGAAUGUACACAUUUCUGAAAAUGAAGAUAGGACUGAUGGAAAUUUAUUUAUACUACAGCAGAGCUCUGAAGAUGACAUAUUCUAAUUAUAACAAAGAGUCUUUUGAUAUUUAAAGACCUAACAAAUUUAUUGUUGCACUCAUGCUGAUCGGAGCCUCCAAGCUUUGAGCAAUAAAUCUAUUUGCCUUGAUGUCAAAA